CUGUCUUUCGUCUGUCAGGUUUUCUCGCUGGGGUUGGACUUGGGAGCGCUGUCAUCACCCAAACUGGAAGGUGGCUCGCGUAUUUGCCGGCGUUUAGAUUGUUUUUCCCAUAUCCUUUUAGCAUGUCCGCCCCCUUGACACCUGCUAAGAGACCCAUUGAUCGAAGUCUUACAGAGUUGAAUGGUAAAGGGAAGCUGCAAAAGUCAGCGGGACAUCAUACACAGAACCAGCCUCUUAAGUUCUCUUCCGAUGGUACAGUAUUCCGAGUCUUAUGUUCUUUGUCCAGAAUUGGUAAUGUUGCUGGAGAAGAUGGUGCAUUCUUGAAGGAAAUUAGUCAAGAAACUGGUGCAGAAGUCAGACUUGAAGAAACCGUCCCAGGAUGUGACGAGAGGGUUAUUGCCAUCGGUAGGCCUGACACAGAGACUGAAACCAGUACUGAGCGGCACAAGGAGGAUGGUGGCCAGGAGCCUAAUGUCACCAAGGCCGGUGAUGAUAAGAAGGAACACGAUCAGAAUGAUGAAGAUAAGAGCUUUGAUCCUGCAGAAGGUCCCAAAUCUGUGAAGAAAACUUCCUCCCUUCAGAAGGCUUUUUUACGUCUCUUUGAAAAAAUGGUUGAAUUAGAGCCAGAAACUGAUGGCGCUGAUGAUGAAAAUGACAAAUCUUCAACAUUUGUUUUGAGGUUACUUGUGCUUUCCAGUCAAGUUGGCUGUAUCUUAGGAAGGGGUGGCAGUGUAGUUAAGCAAAUGUCAGCUGAAAGUGGAGCCCAGAUUCGUGUUCUUCCUAGGGACAAACUUCCUCCAUGUGCUUUGGCUGGUGAUGAGCUAGUUCAAGUAAGGGGGGAAGUUGAUGCAGUUAGGAAAGCUCUUCAAUCUGUUUCACAUCAACUCUUGGAGAAUCCGCCUCGUGAUCAUGAUUCUAUUCCUUUGAAUCCUACAGGGCCUUCAUGGCAUUCUGCUGGUCAUUUUCUUCCUAGGCAAGAAAUGUAUGGACGGCCAAACCAUUCAUUUGGCUCUCUAGGAGCACCUUUUGUCCCUGGGCCGCGUGAUAUUGCUGAUUUUCCUUCAGCUGUUCCUCCUCUUAUCCCUAAAUUUCAUGAGGGUGGUAUCCUUGGCAGAAUGAUGCCUUCUCAGGAAAUUUUAACAUUCCGGUUGCUAUGUCCUGAUGAGAGGGCUGGAGGUGUAAUUGGGAAAGGAGGAACAAUAAUAAGGUCACUUAAGCAAGAUACAGGCUGUGAAAUUAAAGUUGUGGAGGGUACUGCUGAUUCAGAGGAACGAGUUAUUGUUAUAUCUGGUCCAGCGCACCCAGAUGACAGAAUAUCUCCAGCCCAAGAUGCAGUUCUUCGUGUACAGGGUAGAAUAAUCAGGGCAAUACCUGAUAGUAAGGACAAGACUGUGACAGCAAAGCUUCUUGUUGCCUCUAAUCAAAUUGGCUGUCUCCUUGGCAAGGGUGGUUCCAUUAUUUCUGAAAUGAGGAAGUCCACUGGGGCUCAUAUUCGCAUAAUGGGGAAGGAUCAAAUUCCAAAAUGUGCUUCAGAAGGUGAAGAAGUUGUUCAGAUCGGUGGGGAUUAUGAAGCAGUUCAAGAGGCUCUUUUGCAAAUAACCUCUAGGUUGCGGCAUCAUUUCUUUCGUGAUGCUUUUCCUUCUAUUCACCAUCCUUCAAAUCCUGCCUUCCUGGACCAACCACCUCCAUUCCCACCAUUUAUGGGAAGGAGGGAAUUCUCUCCUCCAGAACUGUAUUCUAAUCUAGGCCCACCAUUUCAUAAGUAUGAUCCUCGCGGUGGCCCACCAAUGCCUCCUCAUGGUGGUUUUCACCCCCAUGAUGAUCACCCCAUUUUUAUGCACAAUGUUCAUAAUAGACCAGGCAUGCCUCCUCAUCUGUCAGAAAGGAAACCGUGGGGGCCUCAGGGAUUUAUUGAAGGUUCUGGCCCAAUGGGCUUCUCGGAUUUUCCUGGAGGUCCUCACAGAAGAAUUUCGGGUUUUGGAGGGUAUAUGUGUCGUUAUGUCACUGUUCUCAAUUCAAUAAUCAAUGGCAUUAUC